AUGGAAAAGCUCGGCGUAGUGCAGCUGGAAGGAGCGAGGAAUUGGAGUGUCUGGCGAUUCCAGAUGACCGUGAUUUUGCGGGAUGAAGGAUUGUACAAAAUUGUCUCGAGUCCUAAUGUCAAACAUGGCGGUGCGGCGGAAACUACAAAGACCGGUCAGGCGUCGGCGGAGCCCGAGCAGGCGUCGGUAGAGAAGGAUAUAAAGGCGAUGAGUGCAAUUGUGACAAGAUUGGCGGAACCAGUUCUACAUCACGUAAUUACUUGUCAAACAGCGCACGAAGUGUGGAGUCGGCUACACAGUAUUUAUGAAAAAAGUGGAGAAACUUCACUGAUGCUACAACAACAACGAUUCUUUGCCCUAAAAUUUGAAGAUGACAUGAGUGUCGCGGACUUCAUCUCCAAAGUGCAGGAGCAGCAGCAGACCUUGAAACGACUGGGAGAAGCGGUAACCGACAGGAUGGCUAUGUCGAAGAUCAUCAUGUCACUUCCACUGAAGUAUGCUCACUUUGUUAGUGCUUGGGAAUCGUGUGCAGAAGAAAAACAGACUAUGGACAACUUAACGGCACGGCUCUUGGUAGAAGAAGAACGGCUUAAUAAUAAGUGUAGUAGUAAGGCAGAAGAAAGUGUAGCAUUGUUUUCUAUAGGACAAAAAGGUACAAAUAAAGGUAAUUUUAAAUGUUUUUUAUGUCACAAGCCAGGUCAUUUAAAGAAAGAUUGCAAGCUUAAAAAUGUUUGUUUUAAAUGUAACAAGCCAGGUCAUUUUAAGGAUAAAUGUAAAGCUAGUAAAAAUGAUAAGAAAGAUAAAGAAAAUAGUGACAAAGGUAAUAAGAAAACUGAAAGUGCUUUUGUAUCUACAGUGCUAGUUAGUGCAAGUGAUCGAUCAAUAGAUGAAAAAUGGUUAGUAGACAGCGGUGCUAGUCACCAUAUGACAUAUCAGAAGAAAUUAUUUUGUGAAUAUGAAAAAUUAUCUACUCCUAAAGUUGUUAUUAUAGGCGAUGGACGAAAGCUAAAUGCUUUAGGUAUAGGAAAAGUAAAUAUAAUGGCAUUUGAUGGUGAAGAAUAUGUCUGUUGCUCAAUAAACAAUGUUUUGCAUGUUCCUAAAUUAAAAAUUAAUCUAUUUUCUGUAGGUAGUGUGGUAUGCAAUGGUUUUCAUGUUAGUAUGACAAAUGACAAGUGUGUAUUUUCAAAGAAUAAUAGAGUGUGUGCUAUUGCUAAUAAGGAAUCAUGUUCUAAGCUGUAUGUAAUGGAUUUUAAGUCAGAGUCUUUGCAGGCUAAUGUAGCUAAAGUUGAGUUAAAGAAAAAUGCAGUGGAAAUAGUGAGAGAUGUUACGUUUGUGAAGAAACAUAAUAAACCUGAAAGAGAAGAGCAGGAAGAAAAGUGUAUAUAUUUAGAUAUAGAAGAAAACCUGAACAAUGAAGAAUACCAGUCUGAGUCGGAUACUGAAGGAAGUGUAGAAUUCGAGGAUUGUCAGGUCAAUGACAAUAUGAUGCAAGAAGUGGAAUUUCUAGAAGAGGAAAUUUUAGAGCAUGAAGAAAUUCAAGAAGUAAAUGAAAGUAUGCCAGUAAAUUCAGAAAAUACUAGAAGAACACGCUCUAGAAAAGCACCUAACUGGUUUCAUGACUAUGAAGUUGGUUUUAUAAGCGUGCAUAAUGAACCUAGUACUUUAAAAGAAGCCAUGGAAUGCGAAGACAAAGAAAAUUGGAUAGAAGCUAUGAACAGAGAAAUAACUACAUUGAAAGAAAACAAUACAUGGACUGAAGUAGCGAUGCUACCCAAGGGAAUAAAGGCAAUAAACAGUGUACCCCUAGGUAUUUGGGUAGCUGUCUCAGUUGUUUAUUAUUGGUGGUUAAUAUCAAGAAUAGACCUUUUAGAAACUGAAAACCAAGUUAUUCGAAAGCAGCUUAUCUUGAGUGACGUUCACAGUUUCAUAGAGAGUGGUAAUCAUUAUCAUGUCCCACGGAUACCAGACGAAGCAGGAACAUUAUGUGAAACAGUUCAUAUAGCCUUAGUGUGCAUGGGGAAAUGCACUAGAAUUAUUACACCUAUGAUAAAGUCUAUGUUACAUCACCGUCAAAAUCCCAUUCAUUUUCAUUUUAUUGUUGAAUUAGGUUCUAUGAAUACAAUUAACAAGCUGUUUGAAACAUGGGAUUUACCAGAUGUAAAAUACACAUGUUAUAAUGCUCAAGACCGUCUCUCAGAAGUAAGAUGGAUUCCGAACAGUCACUACUCUGGAAUAUAUGCAUUGGUUAAGUUACUAUUCCCCAGUAUAUUACCCACAUCAUUAAAACAAGUGAUUGUACUGGAUUCUGAUUUAACUUUUCUUUCUGAUGUUGCUGAACUGUGGCAUAUGUUCAGAAAUAUGACUAAUGAUCAGUAUAUAGGCCUAGUGGAAAACGAAAGCAAUUGGUACGCAAACAAAGAGACCCGCUGGCCUGCAUUGGGCCAAGGCUUCAACACAGGUGUUAUGUUGCUGGAUUUAGAUAAAAUAAGAAAGCAAACAGACUGGACAACACUAUGGCAUACAACAAUAAAAGAAAACCUGGAAAGACUCAAAGAAACAACACUAGCAGACCAAGAUGUAAUAAAUGCAAUUAUAAAGAAUAAUCCCCACAUUCUUUACAGUAUAAGCUGUAAAUAUAAUGUGCAAAUGUCAAUGCAAACAUUAGCCAAGAAUUGUUAUAAGGAAGAUGUUAAAAGUGUAAAAAUAAUUCAUUGGAAUUCUCCAAGCAAGUACAACGUUCGGAUUCUAGAUGCAGAUUAUUUUAAAAAUAUACACCAAUCUUAUGUCAAUUUUGAUGGAAAUCUUUUAAGAGAGAAACUCCAUCAUUGUUACCAAAAGGAGGUUGUGACUUAUAAGAUGAAUCAUUCAGAUCUGUGUCUCAGCUUUCGCGCAGCACAACGCGUCAAGCUCAGAACCCAUCUCUACUACAUGGACUACAGUUACAUCAAUGUGGACAAUUUCGAUGUGACGCUGGUGCUACAGCUGUCCAUGGAUAGGCUACAGUUUCUUGAACGGUUGGUUAGGAAUUGGGAUGGUCCUUUAAGUGCAGCAAUAUAUUUAUCAGAUUGUGAAGUGGCGAAACUCGAAAGCUUUAUCCGCGACUGGUCGUCGACACUGAGUUCUAGGAAUAAUAUCGGCUACCAUCUUGUAUUCAAACAUGACUCGGUGCACUAUCCUGUGAAUUAUCUUCGUAAUGUCGCGUUAGAAAAUGUGAACACGCCAUACGUUUUCUUAAUGGAUGUUGAUUUCGUGCCCAUGGCCGGUUUAUACGAACAUUUGAGGGCAGCCAUAAAACUUAUUAACCCAUAUCCACAAAAAAAGUGUCUAGUGGUUCCAGCUUUCGAAACCCAAAGAUAUAGAGCGUCCCCACCUAGGUAUAAGCAAGAGCUGCUCUCCCGUCUCUCCAUCUUGCACUCGUCGGGGGAUGUCGGGCCCUUCAGGGCGAGGGAAUGGCCUAAAGGACACAGAGCCACUAAUUAUACGAAAUGGACGACUGCCACUGCUCCUUACGAGGUUGAAUGGCAGUCCGACUACGAGCCAUAUCUAGUAGUUCACCGCUCUGUGCCCAAGUAUGAUACUAGAUUCUCCGGAUUUGGGUGGAAUAAGGUGUCGCACAGCGUGGAGCUGCGCGCCGUGGGCUACCGCGCCGCCGUGCUGCCCGGCGCCUUCGCGGUGCACACGCCGCACGCGCCCUCGCCCGACAUCUCCGCCUUCCGCGCCGACCCCCACUACCGCGUAUGCCUUGCUUUGUUAAAACAAGAGUUUAUGGACGAUCUGAAGAAGAAGUACAACGUCACGUUCGACGAUUCCAAAGCA